AUGGCGAUCCAACAACAGUUUCAUCAAGUGCGUAAUUUUACCUAUGGAAUUAAUCGAUAUGCCAUGGCCGACUUGGAAAAUGCCAUCCUAACCCUUGAUUAUUUCAUUGAUAAAUGCUUAAAAGAGAAUUCUUCGACUGUAGUAAGUCAUGCUGUCAGUCAACUUAUCACGACGACGAUAGUUUUUAAUUUUACUCCACAAUUUAAUGCCCUGCAAUGUGGUGGUGCUUGCGAUAUCCAAGUUCAAGUACCCCAAAUUUCCGAUCAUCAUCUUCGUGCUAUGGCUAGAUUAACAUUCUCUAAUCAGUCUGAGGAGUCUCACAAAGACGAAUUAUGCCAAGUAAUUAUUAAUAGACGAGCAGUAGAUAAUCACGAACGUUUUCAAGUGGAUGUGGAUAGAAAUCAGGACGAAAUUUUGAAGAUUAAAGAAAUAUCCCGUCGUAAAGAUCCUAUCCACUCACAUUCCUUUCCUGUUCGGCCGCAAGAUUUGAAUCAAUCUGGAUUCGUACCGACAGCUUGUUAUGUGACUUAUUGCCAACAUGCUGCUAGUCAUGCUAUUUAUUGUAAGCAUCUUCCAGGUGCACAAAAUUUUACUCAUAUAUUGCGAUUAGCUAGAAUGCAAAUAUAUGUCCUGUCUUUGGUGAGGGAAGAAAAUCUUUUAGUAGAGAUAUGGCAGCAAAAUGUUGCUGAACGUUUCAUCAUCGAUUUCCGUAUUACCAGUAAAGAUGGCAUCGUUUGUGUUGCCAGUUUUGAUGUUAAUACUCACUUUAAAGCCGAAAAAUUACCUUUUUACGAGAUACCCCUUCAACGCUCUGAAACAUGCUGUAAUUAUGAUGUACCUGGAUUUUAUCGGCUAAGAGAUCGCUUUAAUAAUGCAAAAUUAGACACAAUGUUAAGCUAUAAGGUGGCUCUUGACAAGAUGACAAUGGAUAUUGCUGAUAUUUUUGGCGUGCGAGCUGCCUACAGUGAUGGUAGAUUCUUCCCUGUCAGACAUGAAGUCAAAAUUGCCCCUGGCUUUUACUCUAUUCUUCCAGAUGCUCUUGUAAAAUGUAGCAUACAACUGGCUAGUAUGAAUCGUACUUCGGUAAUAUUUGACCACAUAUUGAAAGUAGGUUCCAAUAAACUACUCACUAUAUCGACCAAACUGGUCUCAGUUAAUCAUGGUCGUGUAGCUAAUAUUCCUGACAGUAUAAUGUUAUUAGAAGCUCUUGCCCCCUUAUUAAAUAAGAAGAGUUACUCAAAGGUGACAUGCCCUAACCAGAUUCCUAUCAAAGCCUUCAAGUACUCUUUUACCAUUAGGUCCAAUGAUAUCGACAUUAACCAACAUGUCAAUAAUGCUGUCUAUAUCUCAGCUUGUUUUGAUGCUGCAAGUAAGGCAGUUUCAUCUGGUUCAUCUGCAUAUCGGACAUCGUUCGGUCGUGAUUUUAAUCCUGCCUGCUUAACUGAAUUAUCCGCUAGCUAUUACAAGCAAAUGUUUGAACAUCAGCUUUUAGAUACCUUCACAUGGCAAGAUGAAGAUGAUGACAAACUGCACUUUGUUAUGAAGCAUGAGAAUGUUAAUAUAUUUUACAUGACCGGAAACUACAGUGUUAAACAGAUAUCCAAAUUAUAG